AAACCCCCGCGGUGAGUCGCUUCCGUUUCGAGUGACAGCUGACAUUUCUCAGAAAAACACACACAUCCACACACAUCCACAGCCAGCAUCCAGCGAGGCCGCGGAGGCGAUAAUUUGAAAUUUUGUGCUUUCCAAAGGGAAUCCCCGAUCGAUAAAGCGAACCAUGAUGAACGCAGAAACACCAACCGGAAGCCGCAGCAUCACGGAAACCAUCGCUCAAAGUGAGCCGAUUGCCGGAACCAGCGUCAGCCCAGCUGAGAACCCACCGGUCCUUCGGCUGCGGUUGCAAAAACCGCGCAGCGAGCGGAAAGUACAGUGGACAAACGGUACCGUCGAUAACGAGCAUAUGAAUAAGAAGAAAUCAAAAUGCUGCUGCAUCUACGAGAAACCGCGCGCGUUCGGAGAAAGCUCAUCGGAGAGUGAGGACGAGUGUGAACACUGUUUCGGUCACGUUGAGUUGAAAAAGAAGAACCGCAAUCCACGGUCCGCUCCUGUUCCACCGGUUCCCGCUAAGCCGGACGAUCACGAUGACGACGGUACCGGGGGCGACUCUGAUGCAGUUGAUGGCGUUCCAAAGGAUGGGCAUGCGGGUUGCGGAACGCCACAAGCUUGAGCUUGAGAAACACCAAAGCAGGACAAGAUUCCCCUCGGAUGCUCAACGGAAACGCCACGGAACGCCACGCAGAUCUAUGAGAAUGAGAACCCGUUUCGCCAUCUUCUUGGUCGUAUUUUGUUUUAGAUUGUACAUAGAGCUUUAGUGCAAAUUACCGGCAAGUUAUCUAUUAAAUAAACGAUAUUUAUUGUA